AUGGCGGAAGCGGCGGACGCGGCCACAGCCGCCCAGGGGGCGCAGCCGGCCGCAGAGGAUGCGAAGCGUCAGAAAACCGAGGAGGGCUUCGUCCCACGACCGCCGGGUGCAGUGCCUCCACCACCAGGGCAGACUGAGGCCAAGGAGGCAGAGACGAAGCCCGAGGAGCCCGUGGAGCAGGAAGUCGAUGCGAAGCCGCUGACCGGGAAGCCCCUCAAGGAGAACAUGACCUUCGAGCCGGCGGACUGUACGCUCAACGUGAUCCCUUCCCUCGGAGGAAAGGUCCUCCUGCCCCUCAGUGAGGGAGGCCUUCAGUACCUCAUGGCCGGUGCGCGGGCAAACAUGGGAAUGAAGAGCGGCCGGUAUCUCUACGAAGUCAAGGUGAUCGAGACGCUGAACCCGUCCGAGGGACCGCAGCGCAGCAGCCGAACUCCUCUGCCACGGCAGCUCCUCAGACUUGGGUUCUCCGCGCUGGACUCGCCCCUCCACCUCGGCGAGAAUGACGCCAGCGUCAGCUUCGACUCGGAAGGCUUCUUCUACUCCGGGAAGACGCGCCAUGCUAUAUCCCAGCGAUUGUGCAAGGACCAGGUGAUUGCAGUGCUGCUCAAUCUCGACCCGUCGAGCCCUAACAAGAACACCAUCAGCUUGUUCAGG